UUCGUUCAAUUUACGUUCAAUGGCUUGUAAGGGAAAAAAAUUGCACAAACAAGAUUAUAGUAAUAUUAUUUGUUGCUUAAUUUCAUAAUUUCGAAAGAUAGAAAUAUAUAUUUUAUAGUAAUUAGUAUAAUGUCUAGUAGAUUUGGUACGACCAAAUAGUGUAACUAAUUAGAUUUUCGUAAAGUUGAAGCUUUAACAUUGAAUGGGGCCUUUCGAUGAAUGGUGCUGAUAGUCAGAAUUUUACAAAGCGAGAGAAAAAAUACGGUAACAAAACAAACUGUACAAUGGAAGUGACAAAUGUGAAACGAAUAAAAAUUAGCAGUGAACAGUGAUAGAAAAACAAAACCGAAAUUAUGAAUCGUAACCGUACGGACAAAAUGGGAAUGCAGAAAAAACAUGACCAUGAAAGUGGAUUUUUUGAAGAUAAUAGUUUACCCGAUGAAAAGCAUAAACGAAUGAUAAACCAUUUUACAAACCAUACAAAUAGUCCGCGUGAACAUAAUAAAUCGAGCAAUCGACAAAAACGUAGUUUCGUUGAUGAUAAAUCGGCCUCUACGUCGGCGACAAAAAUGCGUCGUACAGAUGAUGGGCCCGCUCAAAGUCAUUUACAUCAAAACAAUUCUGUGAAAGCGUCCAAAGAAGUUAUUAAAAUUAUAAUGGAUGAACAAAAGUGUAAGAAAAUCGAGUCGAUCGGUAGUAGCAGUAGUGAUGUAAUACUGAUAAAGGACACCAUUAGUGACAGUGAUCGAAAGAAAUGUAGUGAUGAAUCGAGUGGUGCUAAUCACAGAAGUAAGAAAAGCCGCCGAGAACGUGAAGAAAACGACACAUAUCUCAGGGAAUUGGAGGUGGCAUCUACAAUUAGGAAUCAGACAUUUCUCCGUGACGAAGACAAAGUAGACCUUACGGAUUUUGACAUAUUAAAAGUGCUUGGAACUGGUGCCUACGGUAAAGUGUACCUUGUCCGAAAACGUGGUGGAAUCGAUCAUGGAAAACUUUAUGCGAUGAAAGUACUUCGUAAAGCUGUUUUGGUGCAAAAGAAAAAGUCAGCCGAACACACAAAAACCGAACGAGAGAUUCUCGAGAAAAUCCGAAAUCGACCGUUCCUCGUGACAAUGCAUUAUGCCUUCCAAACAGAUUCCAAUCUACACAUCAUACUCGAUUAUGUCAGCGGAGGUGAACUCUUUACGCAUCUGUAUCAGCAUGAGAAUUUCAGCGAGAGUGAAGUUCGCAUAUUCAUAGCCGAACUGAUUUUGGCACUUGAACAAUUGCACAUGCUAAACAUUAUUUAUCGUGACGUCAAACUAGAGAAUAUUUUAAUUGAUGCGGAUGGGCACAUUGUACUAACGGAUUUCGGACUAUCCAAAGAGCUGUCAGGAAGUAGUCGAACGCAUAGUUUUUGCGGAACAAUUGAAUAUAUGGCACCAGAGGUGGUCAGAAAUGGAGAUGUAGGUCAUGACUUUGCUGUCGAUUGGUGGUCAGUUGGUGUCCUAACCUAUGAACUUCUGACUGGAUCGUCUCCGUUCACAUUUGAAGGCAACAUAAAUUCACAACAAGAAAUAACGGAUCGGAUAUUGCAUAGUACGCCGCCAGUUCCUAAAUAUGCAGGUCGUGAUAUUCAAGAUUUCAUUGCGAGGUUGUUAGUUAAGGACCCUAAAAAGCGAUUAGGUGGUAACGAUCCGAAUGCAGAUCAAAUAAAAUCACAUCGAUUCUUCCGUAACUUGGAUUGGAAAAAAUUGGCCAACAAAGAAAUACCAGCCCCGCUCAAACCAAAGCUUAGAAAUGAAUUAGAUACGAGCAAUUUUAGUGACGAAUUUACGAAACAAUUGCCAACGGUAUCACCCUCACCUGCUCCGGCCAACCAUGAACGGCUUUUCCGAGGCUAUUCGUUCGUUGCCCAAAAUCUCAAAGCCAACACAAUGGAAGACGACGUUGUCUGUGGCUUAGGAAAUAGUUUAACUGUACGACCAAAUCCCCUCAAAGUGAUCAAGCACCGUUCACGGAACUCCGAAUUUUUUGCCAAAUAUGACAUACAGUCAAGCCAACCGAUCGGCACGGGUACAUAUUCGAUAUGCAUGAAAUGUCGUGAUCGCGAGACGAACGAUGUGUUGGCGGUUAAAAUUGUGAUGUCGCAUUGUGAUGUGGCCGAAGAAGUGAGAGCAUUGAAACUAUGUCAAGGUCCGUUCGUCGUUCGAUUGCAUGAAGUACUGACCGAUGAUGUCUACACGUAUAUUGUGAUGGAACUGCUGGAAGGCGGCGACUUGCUACAGCGAGUAGAACGCUCGUUACUGACAGAACGAGAUUUGGGGUUAGUGUUCGGCCAAAUUGUGCGGGCCGUACGGCACAUGCACAGUAUGCAUGUUGUCCAUCGUGAUUUGAAGCCGGAAAAUAUUUGCUUCAUCUCCGACGAUGGUCCUCAAAUUCGAAUUAUUGAUUUUGGUUUUGCUCAAUGUCUUACCGAUGCCAAUGAGACAAUGUCAAAAAGCUGCUACACAUUGGACUAUGCAGCACCAGAAGUAUUGAGCGGUGGAACAUAUACAAAGUCUUGUGAUAUAUGGUCAAUCGGUGUAUUAAUGUACACUCUGAUGUGUGGCCAUUCACCAUUUCGAAAUGGUCUAGAAAGUCUAACGCAAACGCAAAGUAUACAUGUGAUAGCUGAUCGAAUACGUCGCGGCUCGUUUGAUUUUGAAUCUAGCAGUUGGUCAAAACUGAAUGAAUCGACAAAGAAACUGAUCAAAGGACUACUGCACAUCAAUCCAGCUAAACGGCAAUACUUCGACCAGUUGGAGGAAAUCGUAGAGGAUAAUAAACACAAUGAAAUUACAAGUAAAAAAGUGAUCAGAUUGACCGAACCGAUAAAAUCAGUUCGAUGUGAUAUGAAUUUGGCAUUCAAGGCACAACGUGAAACAUUUCGGCACGAGAUCAGCUCACCUGAACAAAUUAUUAAAAAAUCCAUAUCAACCACUUCUAUCGCAUCAUCACGUCACAGUUCAUCAAAUGGUGGUGUACUUUCACGAUCCAGUGGGCAUGCGUCUUACGACCAAAAUAACCGAUCAACUAGUACGGCCACAAUAUCAUCCGAUACAACCGAGCUGUUCAACAAUAACGACAAAUUUGAUACAACAGUUGUACCAAAUUCGAAUGAGAAAACAAGUCAAAACUAUAACCACGGUCCUGUCAAACGACUGAGCGUGAAUGCAGCAGAAUCCGUAGUGCCUAUGGAAAUUGAAGAAGAUUUUUAUGGUUUUUCAACAGAAGAUCAAAAUGGUGUUAGUGAAUACGUGCAUAGAUUUAAGUGUGUCCUCGAACGGAUAGCGGCGGAUACGAAAUCGAACCAGUCAACAAUUAGUCCAACCAAAAAGCGCCGAUCAAAUAUUCAGAUAAGACAUGACUAUAACAAAGUAGUUGAAUGCGAUGAAACACCUCCACCACCGGCUGGUUCAGCUGUCAUCGAUCCAUAUUUUGUACGAUCACUUGCAUGUGGAUAUGUUUAUGGUGACUACUUCAACACACCCAGAUUGCCAGCGAAACGUAAUCGCACCAAUGUUAAUUACAAAGAAAUCGACGACGAUGUGGACAUCAAAAAACGAAGAAUCCGAGCUUUGAUGAAAGGAACCACCAAUUCAUAUGGCACAUCAACAUUAACAGCCAGUCGUACAUCUCGUCGUCAAAUCGCGAUUAGCUGAGUGCAAACCAUUGACCGAUCCGUGCGCAUUGGCAUUGUUCGGUAUUGCGUUAAGUUGUUUGUUGUUGCGAUUAUUAAAUUUGCUGGUUUGGGGUGAGUGAUACAAUUUAAGGAAUAUUUUAACACGUCAAUGAAAGACCAACAAUUUAUUGAACGAGUUCUUAUCUCGGACAUUUUUUGUUUUUGUUUUUGUUUUCGUAAAUUUGUUUGCUACGUGAUUUGGAGUCUUAGUUCUCGUUUUUCACAGAAAAACCUUUUUUUUCCUUUGUUUUAAAUUUUAUUAAUUGAAUCAGAUCAUGAAGAAAAUAUUUUUUAUUACAAAGUGGCCUUAUAAACAUAAAAUUGAAGUUAAAAUAACAAGAAAAUGAAACGGAAAAUCUAUAAUACCAAAAUGAUGAGAAAAAAAUGUAGAAGAAAUAUUACUUAGAUAUUAAGUAUAUGUCUAACAUGAAGACUUUGUCAAGCCUCAUUUGCCUUUACGUAUUUAUUUAUGAUUUACAAUUUAGCAGAAUAAAUGUUUAUUGAAAUUUUUCA